AUGGAAGAGUUUCAAGAAUGCAUUGAGGAUUUGGAGGUGCAUGAUCAUCAUUUUGUGGGCCCUAUCUUCACUUGGUCCAAUAAACAAGAGGGGGCAUACUUGGCCAGGAAACUUGACAGAAUUUUGAUUAAUUCCCAGUGGUUACUUGAAUUUCCAGAGUCAUUUGUGGAAUACAAAGCUCCAGGAGUGUCAGAUCAUUGUCUUGGAAUUAUCUGGACACAGAAAGGUACUCGGGCUCACAUGCCAAAGCCUUUCAAGUUUUUCAAUUGCUGGACUGAUAGUGAAGACUAUUUAAGUAGUGUGAUGAGUUCCUGGCAAGCUUGCACCAGAGGGAAUCAUAUUCAAUUAUCCAAUCUUGUUAAUGCUGAUCACCUUGGCGUUGAGGAGGAAAGGAAAAUUCAGGCUGACUUGGUUGGACUUGAGAUAGCAGAGUUGGAAUUCUUCAGGCAGAAAACUAAGGCUCAUUGGUUGCAGGAAGGGGAUCUUAGCACAAAAUAUUUUCAUCAAAAAGUUGAAUCCCGCAAGAAAAUCAACACUAUAAGAGUUAUCAAGAAUGAUGAUGGGCAGUUUCUUGAGACUUUCGAUGGAAUGGAUCUUUUGAGUUACUCUUUGCCUACUGGAGCUGAUAGAGUUCUGAUUGGUGAGGUUUCAGACAAAGAAAUCCAUGAAGCCUUAUUUAUGCAGGGGAAAGACAAUAGUCCAGGGCCAGAUGAUUAUACAUCCUGGUUUUUCAAGUCUGCCUGGGAGAUUGUGAGAAAACACUUCCUUAGUGUUGUGAGGAGUAUUACUGAUAACAAUUUGCUUGCUCAAGAAAUUGUUAAAGGAUAUUCUAGGAAGAACCUUUCUCCUAGGUAUGCAAUUAAGAUAGACUUGAAGAAAGCAUUUGAUUCUAUUAACUGGGAAUUCUUGCUCAAUGUUCUUGGAGCUGUGGGUUUGCCAUCUCGUUUUUCUGAUUGGAUUAAGACCUGUGUGACAACACCUAGUUAUUCAAUAGCUUUGAAUGACAGUCUAGUGGGUUACUUCAAAGGUGUAAGGGGUGUUAGGCAAGGAGACCCUUUGUCUCCUUAUCUAUUUGUACUGGUCAUGAAUGUACUUUCUAGAUUAUUAGAUGCUGCAGCUAGGAGUGGUAUUUUCAAAUAUCACCCUAGAUGUAAAAGGAUCUCCCUCACCCAUUUAUGUUUUGCUGAUGAUUUGUUGAUGUUUUGUUAUGGAUCUUUGGAUUCAAUGUUGGGGGUGGUUAGUGUUUUGAAUAAAUUUUAUGAGAUGUCUGGUUUAAUGCUCAAUGCUUCAAAGACGGAGAUGUAUGCUUGUGGGGUUAAUGAUGGAGUUUUGGAGCAGAUUAAGAGGGCCACUAGGUUUCGAAUCGAUCAGUUCCCUGUCAGAUAUUUGGGGGUGCCCUUAGUAACUCGCAAGCUCUCAAGGACAGAUUGUUCUGCCCUUAUGAGAAAAUUAGGGACAAGUUGA